CGAAUGCAUUGCUAGCGUGGCGAUGUGCGCCGCCAGUCCGUACUCCCGCCGGCGGAGAGCACGGGCCGGCGUGGGCGAUGCGCCCGGCAAGGAGCGGCGGUGCACCAUUGCCGGGCGAAGGAUCCCCUCGACGCCAUACGUGCUGGGCCAGGCCACGGCAACGGCAGCGCCCAGAUCCGUCCGACCACCGGCCUCGAUUUGGGGGCGGCGGCGACGUUGUGGCGGAGCCAAAGCAAAGCGUGACCUGAGUGCGUUCGCCGCAGGCUGCUGCGACGCAUCGACGUGCAGAGAACGCGGUUAAAAAGGAGGAAAGCGCGGCUCCUUUCGGAGCACCUGCUGCUGCGGAUGCAACCACUACAGGUGCAGGUGGUGGUAUGCUUACAAAUCGACAGGAUUUGCGCCCAUCAGGAUUUGUUGCCAAACUUAGGAAGCAGCUUGCACGUACCUUCUUGGCUUGUGGCUUUGAUGGUUCGAAAAAAGAGGUGAAGGAUUCUACUAGCACAACAAAGUUCAGUGAUGUCAAGGGGGUCGAUGACGCGAAAGCCGAGCUCGAGGACGUACUGCUGUGCCUGCGGGACCCCAAGCGUUUCGCACACCUCGGCGGCAAGCUUCCAAGAGGUGUCCUGCUAGUCGGCGGGCCUGGCGUGGGGAAGACAAUGCUGGCAAGGGCGAUGGCCGGGGAAGCCGGCGUCCCGUUCUUCACGUGCAGAGGCAGCGAAUUCGAGGAGAAGCAUGUGGGUGCUGGGGCUGAAAGGGUGAGGGAGCUCUUCACUACUGCAAAGAAGCGAUCUCCUUGCAUAGUGUUCAUCGAUGAGAUUGAUGCCAUUGCUGGGAGCAGGAGCUCACAAGAUUCAAAGUCGCACAGACACACCAUUAAUCAGCUGCUCGUCGAACUAGAUGGCUUGGAGCAGAAUGACGGGGUGAUCGUGGUCGCGGCGACCAACAACCUCGACUCACUGGAUCAAGCCCUUGUUAGGUCUGGGCGUUUCGACCGUCACAUUCAGAUUCAUUAUCCAAAUGUUGAGGGCCGACGGCAGAUCCUCGAGGGUCAUAUGUCAAAGGUGUUGAAAACCAAGGAUGUGGAUCUUCUGACCAUCGCGAAGAGGACAUCUGGGCUCUCAGGAGCAAGCCUGGCAAACCUGGUGAACGACGCCGUUCUCAAGGCUGCCAAGGACGGGGCAGAAGCUGUUGCGACGCAUCACCUGGAGUAUGCCACGGACAGGACUCUAGUGGGCGGUGAGCGCAGAUCGGUGGCGAUGCCUGAUAACUGCAAGAGGAUGACCACGUACCAUGAGGCAGGGCAUGCCAUCGUUGCUAUCCACACGGAUGGCGCUGAUCCUGUCCACAAGGCUACCAUUGUUCCCAGGGGUGAUUUUCUCGGCAUGGUGUGGCAGCUGCCGGAGGAGGACGAUGAGUUUAUAUAUUCAAAGAAGAAGAUGCUCGCAGGACUAGAUGUUCUCAUGGGAGGCCGGGCGGCUGAGGAGGUUAUCUUUGGCGGGAGCGAGGUGAGCUCCCUCGCCCUGACUGACCUGGGCGAGGCGACCCAGCUGGCGACGGACAUGGUUGCCAGGUAUGGCAUGAGCAAGCAGAUCGGCCCUGUCUCCUACGACAACAACGACGGCAGUUGGAAUUCCAAGACCAUGAGCUGGAACUCGACAACCAUGGUGGACCAGGAGGUGAAACAGUUGUUGAGCAAGGCUUACGAGAACGCAAAGACGAUCCUCGCGGCGAACAAGCGGGAGCUCCAUGCGCUCGCUGUCGCCCUCCUGGAGCACGAGACCCUAACUGGAGACCAGAUCACGGCGCUCCUGAAUGAAACUCUCGCCAAAGACCAGAUCAUGAAACCGGCAUCGACUGGCUGCAAGAGGAAGAAGAAGAAGUAAAUGAAUGGUCUACUCGGCAGAAUCAGGAAACACGGCCUUCUUCAUCCUAACAGUUGAGACACAAGACAAACAGUUUUGUCCUAGCAAGGAUUUUUCUUCCUUUUUUGGUUCAUUAUUUGUUGCAUAUAACAUAAAUGUGAAGAUUUAUGCUCUGGA